CUCACUGUUAUUGGCCCGUGCAUUUUUGAAGAUAUGAAGCAGCUAUUUAUAAGAUUGUCUUCCUCAAACUAUCAUUCUCUUCCUCUACGUCGUGCUGCACUCCAAACCAUGGCGUGGCCUCCUAAUGACCCCAAGAAAAAGGGCGCUAUCGCUAAAACCAAGAAGCAGAGCGAUGAGCUUCGAUUGGAAAAAGCCCAGAAGGAGUACGAGUCGCUUCUAGCUACCUGGAGAGAACAAGAGGCAGAACUUAAGAACUUCCAAGAUGAGCUUGAGAAGGGCAAGUAUCUGCAGAUGGUGGAGGAGCCCAUCAAAACCCUCAAAGCUUGGAUCGACUUUGUCAACGAUGUGCGAAAGAUCCCCAACAAGAAUGACGAUCAAGAGUUCAAAAAUCUCUUCGACAAGUACAUGCAAGAUGCAGGUUGGGUUGAAAUAUUCCAGUUUCUACGUGAAAACCCAACCUGGAGGAAUGCCAUUCCGGAGCUCGAUGACAUCAGGCGCGAGUAUGAGGGUAUGCAGGGCGGAGAACGUGAAGCUUGAUGGAUCGAGAAAUAUUAUAUGCAACGAUGCGGCUGAGCUUCAUCACUAUU